AUGGAGCAGUGGGCGCUGAAGAUGCUGGUGGUGCUUUCCAUAGCUCUGGACGGCUGGCUUUGCUCAGGCUUCCCGGUGUAUGAUUACGACCCCGCCUCCCUGAGGGAGGCCCUCCGCGCCUCGGUGGCGAAGGUGAACGCGCAGUCCCUGAGUCCCUACCUGCUCCGGGCGUUCCGAAGCUCGUUAAAAAGGGUCAAUGUCCUGGACGAGGACAGCUUGAUCAUGAACUUAGAGUUCAGCGUUCGAGAAACGACAUGCUUGAGAGACAGUGGAGAUGACCCCUCUGCGUGCGCCUUCCAGAGAGGCUACUACCUGCCCACCGCGUCCUGCAGGAGCACCGUGCAGCUGUCUGCAGAGCAGGUGCAGGACGUCUGGGCUCACUGCCGCUGGGCCUCCACGUCCGAGUCCAACAGCAGCGAGGAGAUGAUCUUUGGGGACAUGGCCAGACCAUAUAGAUGGAGGAAUUAUCUCCUGGAUCACAUCCCUGACGAGACCAGAAGUGAGCAGUCUUACCACCGGUCUCUCGAGAUCAUGAGGAGGGGUUUCCUCCCUGGAAACCGAAGGUACCUGAACCACAGGCGCAGGGCAGGAAUGAACGCUGGCUUUGAGUGA